UGUUUCCGGUUAGUAGAAGCCUACUCUCGCGAGACCCGACGAGUUGUGCCUUCUUCUCGUCCAGCAUGGCUGCGCUGUAUGAGGGAUACACGUUGUGUGGACUCGUACCGUCUCAAAAUCUUGCAAAUUCGGGCAUAAGAGGGAUCGAAGAGGAGAGAGAUAGCGACCAUGUCCUUGUCACGGAUUCAGGCAGAUCUGUCACGUUACAUAAGGUGUCGGACCAGAGAGCGCUGGGCAGCUGGACCGUCAAACAAGGCCAAACUCUGACCUGUCCAGCUGUCUACAACCCACAGACUAAGGAAUACGUAGCAGUCUGCGACAACAAGGUGAUCAGAAUUUGGAAGGAACACGAUGUCGUCCUGGAUAAAGCCUUUAAAGCCACUGUCUCGGCAGAUGUCUCCCGGGUGCUUUGUGUACAUGGAGCAGAGCCUGUGGUCUUGUUCCAAAGAGGAGCUGUGAGACUGCUGGACUCGCUGCUCUCUGCACCACAGCAGCCCAUAGAGGAAGUCCUACAUCAAGACGAGGUCAUAAGGUGGAGCAUCAGUGUAAUGGCAGAGACUCAGCAGUUUGUCAUGUUCACAACUGAACAGAAAGGAGAUCAUUUUCUCUACCUGCAGAGACUGAAUCCUAACACCCUACAGAGCUACAGGCUAGAGAAAGAGGAGCCUGGACUCUCUCCACUCAGCUUCUCUGCAUCCUACAGAGACAAACACAUCCGCCUGCUUUAUCUUUACCCUAACGGCUGUGUGUACCAGAGUGUAGUCUCUGUACAGGGCCUGGGGGCUGAUGAAGGGGCCCAGGCUGUUCCGCUGCCCAGGAAGCUGUUGCUGACCCUUCCUGUUGGUGAGGGCCGUCUAGAGACGGCGUCAGCCCUGCUCCUGGAUGAAGCCCAUGUAGCUGUGGUGGGAGUUCCCCACCCCUCUGCCGGAGCUGGUAACGACUUUCUUUGCAUAUGGAAUACCAACUUCCAGACACUUCAGGCAGGAAAAGAGAUGGGGGGUAAAAUCUAUGGGCAGCUUUGGACUUAUUCCAACAAGUUAUUAAUUCCACAUGCAAAAACCCUCUCUGUUAUUCCAUACGAGUGCCCUAAAUCUUCAUUGGCCUCUGCGUUGGGGAAACUAAGACAAAUCCAGACCGAAGAAUCCAAACCUCUACUUAUGGUGCCAUCUUGGAACAACAUCCUGCACGGAGAAGCUCAACCGUCAAAAGCAAUGGAAACUAGGAGAACGAAAACAAGCCGUAAGACCCUGUCAACAUCUACUUUAUCAGCUGAGCAAGUUCUGGAGCUUGUUAAGACGGCACCAGCAGAAGAGGUCCAGACAGAGGUCGAGGGGCUGCUCUCCAGGCUCGACAUGCAAAUUACGCAGCCGUUGAUAGCUCAGCUGGCAUCAACCCUUGUGUCCCGGAGCCUGGCUGAUGCAGCCUUUUACAGUUCUAGCACACUGGCCCAGCUCGUGCACACUCAGUGCCUCUGCCACAGUGUGUGUCCUGACCUUGUGCUGCUGGCUCUGGAGAGGAAGGAUUAUUUCCUGUGUCAGUUGUGCCUGCAGUUCUUCCCUGACAUCCCUGAAGUGGUCACCUGUGCCUGCCUCAAGGCCUUUAUCAGUAUUCCAGAUGUCGAUGCAGAGAAAGUAACGCUAGAUCCUGACAGCGUUGUGUUCAUGGAAACCAUCAUGUCAAGGGAUAGUGGCCAGGGUGGUUUGCAGAAUGGCUUCAGCCCUACGUUCAUGGAGGGCGACCACUCAGACACCCUCAGUGGGGGUGGUGCACAGAGCAGAGAAGAUGAGAAAACUCCUACUCCACCAGCAGAGCUGACUUGUCCCGUAGGAUUAAACAAGGCUGUCCUAUUGAAUGAGGUGCUGAAGAGGGCAUGCAAUGACAAUUUCCUCCUCCCACAUCUGAAAGAUCUCUCCUCCCAGCAUGUUUUUCUUUUCCUUCAGUACCUACAUUUUCUGUACCAGAAAUAUUCCCAAGAGCCUUCCCGGCAGACUCAUGGAGUAAAAUCUCUAAAUCUAAAUCAGAUUAUGGACUGGGUUUGCCUGGUGUUGGAUGCUCAUUUUACAGUGCUCGUGAUGACUCCCAAAGCCAAAAGCUUACUGCACAACCUGUACAGCUUUGUUAAGUCUCAGGUGAGACUGGUUUCUGAACUUGGAAAGAUCGAGGGCAGCCUUCAACAGCUCAAUAAGAUGAAGUCCAACAAGGACAUUGGACAGUACUCCAUCGAAGUCAUUGAGCUUUUUUAGAUUAUGUACAGAAAAUGUUUUAAUAAAUCGCUGAGCAAAUUGUC